GGGCCUGGCACCGGCCGUGAGACUAAGGAAAGUAUCAGGCGGCGUUUGAGUUUCGGAGAGGCCGAAGCGUGCCGUGGUCGCCACCGAACUGGAAGUAGCUGUCGGAGUCAUCAUGAGUAGCGAUGGGGAAGCGGUUGUGCUCGUUGCUGCUGCAAGGACCCCGGUUGGAUCCUUCAAUGGUACGUUGUCUACCUUGCAUGCCCAUGAGCUUGGUUCUGUAGCUGUGAAGGAAGUCUUGAAGAGGGCAAAUGUCAAGCCUGAAGAAGUAUCUGAAGUUAUAUUUGGACAAGUCUUGGCAGCAGGUGCUGGUCAAAAUCCUGCUCGACAAGCCAGUGUUGGUGCAGGGAUUCCAUAUGAGGUACCAGCUUGGAGCUGCCAAAUGAUAUGUGGUUCGGGUCUAAAAGCUGUAUGCCUAGGAGCUCAGUCCAUUAUGACAGGAGAGUCCAGUGUUGUGGUGGCUGGAGGCAUGGAAAACAUGAGUAAGGCACCCCACAUCAUUCAUAUGCGCAAUGGCAUGAAGAUGGGAGAUGCCUGUUUGCAGGACAGUAUUACCCUAGAUGGUUUGACAGAUGCCUUUUACCACUACCACAUGGGUAUAACUGCUGAAAAUGUGGCCAAGCAAUGGAAAGUCAGUCGAGAGGAGCAAGACCAGCUGGCUUUAAACUCACAAUACAAGGCUGAAAAUGCUCAGAAGGCAGGCUUUUUUGAGAAAGAGAUUGUCCCUGUUCUUGUUCCUUCCAGAAAAGGUCCUAUUGAAGUUAAAGCAGAUGAGCACCCCCGCCAUGGUAGUAACUUAGAAGCAGUGGCAAAACUGAAGCCUGCCUUUUUGACUGAUGGAACAGGAACUGUGACUGCAGGAAAUGCUUCAGGUAUAAAUGAUGGUGCUGCAGCUGUAAUUCUCAUGAAAAAAGUAGAAGCACUAAGACGAGGUCUUACACCUUUGGCACAUAUUGUGUCUUGGGCGCAAGCAGGUGUAGACCCUUCUGUAAUGGGAAUGGGACCUGUCCCAGCCAUAAAGAAAGCGGUUGAAAAAGCAGGGUGGACAAUGGACCAAGUGGACUUGUUUGAAAUUAAUGAGGCCUUUGCUUCACUAGGUGUAGCAAUAACAAGGGAGCUAAAAUUGAACCCUGAAAAGGUUAAUGUUGAAGGUGGGGCUGUUGCCCUUGGUCAUCCCCUGGGAGCAUCUGGAUGUCGCAUCCUUGUUACUCUAGUGCAUGCACUGGAGCGAAGAGGGAAAAAGCGGGGAGUUGCUGCCUUGUGCAUAGGAGGAGGGAUGGGCAUAGCUAUGUGUGUAGAAAGAUAGCAAACCUUUCCUUAUUUCUGAACUAAUGUAUAUCAUGCCUUGAAUUCACUUAAAGUUGUUUUUCAUUCCAUUUUAACAUUACUGUACACAUUUACAUUGCCUGCACCUGUCAUUUUAAAAAAGUAUAAUAGGACCAGCUUAAGCCUUAGCAGCAGAAUUUUCCCUACAGGGUAUACUCUCCCCCCUUUUUCCCACAGCAGGUAUAUAGAGCUUAACUGUAAUGGGAUUGAGAUGGUUUGUAUUGCUAUGAAGAGUCCAUAAAUGUUGACUUACUAAAGCAACAAAUCCGUGUCUUCAGUCACUACUCACCCCCUUCCGUAGUACAGGCAAAUAAUUAACAGGCUUUUUCAUUGCUGCACAGCACGCAGGAAAACAGUAGUUCUCAUCUGUGUGCACUAAGAGCUGCAUGACCUCACACCCUCCCCCUUCAAUUUCCUGCCAUACAUAAACUGAGGGAGAGGUCUACUUUCUGAUGGUUCAAGCAUUCAUCUUCCCCCAGUUGUAAGCGUUACGAUGUACUACAGCAUUGACAAAUACAAAAUCUGGGAUUCAUUUCAUUUAUUCAGUAGUUAACCACCUCCUGUGAGGGGACAGGAUUUUAACAGAUUCUUUUAUUAACAUACCAGUAAAUACAGAACUACAAAGAAUUGUACAGAAACAAAAUUAAAUAAAAAUGCAUUUAGUCUUCAA